AUGGGCGACUCCAACGGUCUCUGGUUCAAUGGCGUGGAAUAUCUCAACUCCACUAAGCAGACUUCCGUCUCCGUUGGGGAGGCGAAAAGCAAGAAGAUUGCCAUUGUCGGCGGUGGCAUGUCUGUGCUGAUGACUAGUUUGCUUCUAACAUCUGUCGGCAUGACGAACUGGCACAUAACCGAGUCCACCGAACGCAUUGGUGGCCGCGUCCGCACCAGAUGUCUCAAUGAUUCAAAGCCUGACAAUUACCAGUAUCAAGAAAUGAGACCCAUACGGUUUCCCGUGGCCGUCAAAUACACAGACAGCAACGAGACGUUGGACAUCCAAGAUCCCAAGCUGGUCUUCCAACUGUCGGACGUACUCAACGGAAUGAACGGCAACGACAUAGAGCCAGCCGUCAAUGUCAUUCUCGCCUCCUAUGCCAGCGCUGUGCAAGCAAGAUCUGUUGCCGCACUGAGUGAAGAGGACCACGUCGCCCUGGUUCAAGAAGCCAUGGUGGAGGUGCAUGGCGAGAUUGCGAAUGAACAGUGGGCCGGGGCCUAUGAUCGCCAAUGCUGGGAGGUUGAUGAGCACCAGGCUGGCGCAUGGGCCUCUGUUGCCGUUGGCCAGCAGGAGCUGUUCAUCCCAGCUUAUCACAAGAGUGAGCUGAACACGAUUUUCAUUGGCGAUCACACCAGCAUCACGCACGCUUGGAUCUUCUUUGCCCUCGAGUCUGCCGUGCGCGGCACCACGCAGCUUCUCCUGGAGCUUGGUCUGGUAGAUGAAGUCAAGAAAGUUGUGGACACGUGGAUGGCGCGGUGGAUUACAAUUUAG